CUACGAACAUAUUCUUGUUCUCCAGUUUUCAUUUAUAAUCAUAUAAUAUUUGUCAUGGUAUCAGAGCCGAAAUCCUGUCAAUAUUCUUAGAAAAUAAUUCUUAGUUUCUUGGUCACAAAAUGGCCGCGGGCAAUAAAGAUGAUACAUCGAGUAACCAAACACCGGUUAUUGAUUCUAUGUCUCCAUAUUUCAUCCAAUCCGGUGAUAAGCCCGGAGAUGUUUUUGUAACUUCGCUUCUACGAGAUGGCAAUUACGGAGAUUGGCUCGAUGAAAUGAGCAAUGCACUAUAUGCUAAAAACAAAUUUGGAUUUGUUAAUGGGGACAUCCCGAUGCCGGCGUCCGAUUCACCAUAUUUGCCGUAUUGGCAACGAGCCAAUGCCAUGGUUAAGGGUUGGCUUAACAGUAGCAUGGAGCUUGAACUAAGGCAAAGUGUGAAAUUCAAGACGGCGGCGGAGAUAUGGAAGGAUCUUGAAGAACGUUUUGGCAAGGAAAGCACACCUCGUGCAUAUGAGUUGCGCAUCAUGUUGAGCGGAACGCGACAAGGCGGACAAUCUAUAUCGGCAUAUUUUAGUCGGCUAUGACGCAUAUGGGAUGAGAUGGCAUCCCUCUCCAAGACCCCGUUCGUGUGGUAAAUGCUCUUGCAAUAUCACCAAAAAAAUUAAUGAGGCUCGAGAUAGGGAUCGUCUAUAUGACUUUCUUAUGGGUCUAGACGACUACUACAGUCAACUUAAAUCCCAAAUAUUGGCCACGCAGCCGAUCCCAACCUUGACUGCUGCCUACCAUCUCAUAUCCGAGGGGGAGCAGCACCGUAUGAUUGCAACAUCACGCAAAGCAGGACUUGAAGGUUCAGCCUUUCAAGCACAAGCAAAAUCCACUUCUGAUCCAAAUCGGAAAAUAAAUGGAAAGGAGGUCCGCUACUGUACCCACUGUGGCAAAAGCAACCAUACACAUGAGACGUGCUUUGAGAUAAUUGGCUACCCAGCCAAUUGGAAUACUCGCACCAAAGACGGAAGACCCCAGGGAAGUCGCGUAGCUGAUCAACGUUCCACUCGGUCCAAUGACCGUUUUGGAAACCCACAAAAGCGGGGGGGACCACCUCAUGUAGCGCACGUCGAGCAGCCAACAGAUAAUGUUUUGGGUUUCUCAGACGAACAGCUCCAACGAUUGGCUCAAUUCAUGCGUGCUGAAUUCUUCCAGGGAACUACAUCUGAGGAUCACUCCGAUCCACAAAUUAAUAUGGCAGGUAAAAUGGAUUUUCAGCAAACAUGGAUAAUAGACUCGGGGGCAACGGAGCAUAUUACGUGUGACGAAGCACUCUUAACCAACAUCAUGGCCAAUCCAUCGGAGUCCCCUGUCCGCAUACCUAAUGGUGAUAUCGUGGCGGUUCAUUAUGUUGGCAGUGUCGAAUUGUCCAACGGCCUUACCCUCGAGGAAGCCGAUUGGAGUGGGUAGAUUCUACAAUGGGUUGUAUUAUUUGGAGCCUUUUAACGAGCGGGUGGCAAUGUUAGUUUCUCCACAUGCUGAGGGGCAAUUGUUGUGUGUUUACCAUAAAUGUUGCUGAAUUUCUAAUGGUGGACAAAGACAUGACUAAAGUUUCAAAGAAAGAGAUGGAAAAGUACCGACAAGAAAUGACGACAGAGCUGCGGAUGUAUACAUCAUGAGAAAAGGAGCUGGUUUAACAUGAUGUAUUGAUCUGUACCAUAAAUCCAACAGACUGACUAAGAAGUUUUGUAAUAAUUAGGUUUUGAAAAAGAAAGUACUUGUAAAACUUCUUUCGUUUGCUCAUUAAGACUUCUCC